GACUUGGCCACAACUCACGUACAUGCAUUUGGACACUUAGUCAGGAUGGCGCAGUUCCACUUGCUGGACCCUCACUACGACGAGCACCACAGGGGCCGUCUCACCGCAGAGGGAGAGGUGUUGCCCGUUCUGCGGGUCCGGACCCACGACCGGUUUCUGGAGGAGAUGAGGUACGAUGAGAGGUACGCUCCUCUCCUACAGAGGGCUGGCUUGGACGUCUUAUCGUACCAGGUCCGCCGUGGGCUGCCCACUUUCAACCCAGCGGCGUUGACGGCUCUGGUCGACAGGUGGCGGCCAGAGACUCACACUUUCCACCUUCCCUGCGGUGAGAUGACCGUGACACUUGAAGAUUGCCAGAAGAUUCUUGGUCUCAGCAUUAUGGGUCGUCCAGUGAUCGGUCAGGCAUCACCAGGCGGUUGGAGGCAGAGGGUGGAGGCCUUUCUUGGGAGACUGCUUCCGGAUGAGCUACGAGGUAGCCACAACACCGGAGUCCCACUGACCUGGCUUAGGCAGAGCUUUGGGCAGUGUCCACCUGGUGCAGAUGAGCAGACGGUUGGAUACCAUUGUCGAGCUUAG